GGCCCUAUAGGGCCGGGGGGUUCCCCUAUACCCUACAGGGCCUGGGGGGCCCUUUUACCCCUUCCCCCCUUUUUUCUCCUCCUUUUUCCCUCCUUUUUCCCUUUUUUCCCUCCUUUUUCCCUUUUUUCCCCCUUUUUUACCUCAUUUUCCCCCCCACUUCUCCCCUCUUUCCCUCUUUUUUCCCCUCUUUUUUCCCCGUUUGAAUACCAGGCGCCCUCCCCUGUCCCCUCUGUGGGGGCUGGGGGGGGGGGGGGUCUCCCUUAUUCCCUAUGGGGAUUUAGGGGGGCUCCUUUUCCCCUUUUCUUCCCCAUUUCCCCUUUUCUUCCCUUUUCCUUUCCCCUUUUCCCCUCUUUUUUCACCCUUUUCCCUUUUUCCCCUUCUUUUACCCCAUUCUUUCCCUAUGGGGACAGCGGGGGGGUGUUAUAUUGGGGGACAUUUUGGGGCCUGUUGAUCCCAUGGGGACAUUUUGGGGCCGUUUUAUCCCAUAGGGACAUUUUGGGGCCGUUUUAUCCCAUGGGGACAUUUUAGGGCCGAUUUACCCCAUGUGGACGUUUUUAUUUUUUAAUUUAUUACCCCGAAGGGAUAUUUUGGGGGGCCGAUUUAUUCCGUGUGGACGUUUUGGGGCCGCCCCAUGCCCGAGGGAUUUGGGGGGCGGGAGGAGGAAGGGCUCGAGGGGGCUCCUGCGUGAAAAUAACCCAACUUUUUAACUUUUUUCCCUUUUUUUCCCCCCAUUUUUCAGAGCUUGCCACGGCCGGACGGAGGCAGCAGAGCCCGCAGCUCCCAGCCGACCCCGCAGCGAGCCCUCGCCCCAAAACCCCGAGGGAUCGAGCCCUUGGGGGGCCCUAAAAAGGGGGGGGGGGGGGUGUGGACCCCAGCGACCCCCCUCCCCCUGGCCCCGCAGCCAGGUCCAUGGCGGCGGAGUGAGCGGCGGCGCGGGUGAAGGAUGCUGAAGAAGAGCAGCCUGGUGCUGUGGGGGGCGGCGCUCUUCGUCGCCUGGAACGGCCUCCUCCUCCUCUUCCUCUGGAGCCGCCCGCCCGCCCCGGCCUUCUCCUCCUCCUCCUCCUCCUCCUCCUCCUCCUCCGCCGCCGCCGAGCGCGGCCGCCUGACGGAGGAGGUGAUCCGCCUGGCGCAGGAUGCCGAGGCCGAGCUGGAGCGCCAGAAGGAGCUCCUGCGCCAAAUCCACCGCUACAGCGGGCUCUGGGGCCGCCGCCGCCGCGCCCCUACGAAAGCCCCGGCCCCUUCCCCGACCCCCCCGGCGCCCGAUAACGCCGCCGCCGUGCUGCCGGUGCUGGUGAUGGCUUGCGACCGCAGCACGGUGCGCCGGUGCCUGGAUAAGCUCCUGCGCUACCGGCCCUCGGCCCAACGCUUCCCCGUCAUCGUCAGCCAGGACUGCGGGCACGCCGAGACGGCGCGGGUCAUCGCCUCGUACGGCGACGCCGUGGCGCACAUCCGGCAGCCCGAGCUCGGGGACGUGGCGGUGCCGGCCGAGCACCGCAAAUUCCAGGGCUAUUACAAAAUCGCUCGGCACUACCGCUGGGCGCUGGGCCAGGUCUUCCGCACCUUCCGCUACCGCGCCGCCAUCGUGGUGGAGGACGAUCUGGAAGUGGCCCCGGAUUUUUUCGAGUAUUUCCAAGCCGCCUUCCCGCUCCUCCUCGCCGACCGCAGCCUCUGGUGCGUCUCGGCGUGGAACGACAACGGCAAGGAGCAGAUGGUGGACGCCGGGCAGGCCGAGCUGCUCUACCGCACCGAUUUCUUCCCCGGUUUGGGCUGGCUGCUCCUCGCCGAGCUGUGGGACGAGCUGGAGCCCAAGUGGCCGCGGGCUUUUUGGGACGAUUGGAUGCGGCAGCCCGAGCAGCGGCGGGGCCGCUCGUGCAUCCGCCCCGAGGUGUCCCGCACCAUGACUUUCGGCCGCAAAGGGGUGAGCCACGGGCAGUUUUUCGACCAGUACCUGAAAUUCAUCAAGCUCAACGACCGCUUCGUGCCUUUCACCCAGCUGGACCUCUCCUACCUCAAAAAGGAGGAGUACGAACGCUCCUUCCUGCCCCGCGUCUACGCGGCGCCCGAGGUGCGGGUGGAGGAGCUGCAGGGCAACCAGCGCCGGGAGCUGGGCACCGUCCGCGUGCAGUACAGCGGCCGCGACUCCUUCAAAGCCUUCGCCAAAGCCCUGGGGCUCAUGGACGACCUCAAAUCCGGCGUGCCCCGCGCCGGCUACCGCGGCAUCGUCAGCUUCGUCUACCGCGGCCGGCGCGUCUACCUCGCGCCCCCCUCGGACUGGACGGGCUACGACCCCAGCUGGAGUUAGCGGCUCCGUUUAUCGUCUUUUUUUUUUUUGGGGGGGGGGGGGUUAUUUCCCCCCGAUUUGCUUUUUUUUAAUUAUUUUUUGGUGUGUUUUUUUUUUUUCCGGGUGGGGGAGGUCUUAGCCGCGCGGGGGGCAGCCGCCUUGCCUCGCGCCGCCCCUGGGACUUAUUUUUUUUUUGGGGGGGGGGGGGGGGGCAGCCGCCUCGUGCCACCCCCCCCCCCCGGGGUUUAUUUUUUGGGGGGGGGGGAGGACGGGAGCAAAGGGGGAAACGUCCCUGCACCCAAAUCCGCGGGGAUUUACCCCAACCGGGGCUCCGCGUCGACAGCCGGAGCAGCGCCGCCGCCGCCGGCAGAAAUUAUUUUCCAGAAUAAAAGGAAAAAGAACAACAAAAAAGAA